GGGAGAGAGGAAACUGGAUGCAGAGGAACAGGACUCAGUGCAGCUAGGACACUCCGGGAACGAGGGCACUUCUUCUGUACUGGUCCCUCUGUCUUCACCAGUGCACCGGGCUGCACCAUAACUUCACCCCGUCUCACCGCCGCAUGGCUCCAGUGUAAUCAGCGCGUCUUCUGCCCGGGACCCUGCACUGCUGAACAUGAACCGAGGGACGGGGAGAGAGCAGAGAGAGCAGAGAGUGCUCCUGGCUCUCCUCAUCAUUUUACACACAGCCACCACGCAUGCGGGCAAACUGAUCGAUGUCUUGCGUGUACUGGAGCUGUCCGAUAGCAUGGAGGGCGUGUACAUGGAGGCGGGGCUGUGCACACAUAGAGCUGACACUGAGGAAGUGGACAUGGCAUUCAGGAUAGACAAGAAGAUCCAGCUCAGUGCUCCAACCCUGCAGUUCUUCCCAGACUCAACUUUUCCUGAAAACUUCUCCCUGAUGACGACGGUACGGGCAAAGAAGAACUCCCAGUUCUUCUUGCUGUCCAUAUACAAUGAACAGGGUGUACAGCAGGUGGGACUGGAGCUGGGCAGAUCACCCGUCUUCCUCUACGAGGACCACAUGGGACAGCCGACCCCUGACCUCUAUCCCACCUUCAGGAAGAUCAACCUAGCUGAUGGAAAGUGGCACCGGAUUGCGUACAGCGUAGAAGGAAAGUCAGUUACACUGUAUUUGGACUGUAAGAAGGUGCAGACUCUGGAUCUGCACCGUGGAGACGACCCUGUGGUCCACACAGAUGGCGUUACCGUGUUCGGGACAAGGCUACUGGACGAGGAAGUGUUUGAGGGAGAUAUCCAGCAACUGCUGAUUGUGGAUGACCCUCAAGCUGCAGAAGAGUACUGUCAUCACUACAUCCCAGACUGUGACUCCCCUCUGACUUAUCGUACCCAGAACUAUGAACCCGAGGAGACCAAACCCACCAGCCUUGAUGACGUGAUGCAAGGUGACGAACCGGAGCCACCAAAGAAGAAAAAAGGCAGAAAGGGCAAAAAGAACAAAAAGAAGAAGGACCGUUCAAAAAAAGGCAGAAAGAAAGAGUCUCGGAAGAAGAGGAAAGAGGCGGAAGCUCUUGAGGCGGGAUUUCUUGAGGUGUCCACUCAGCUUGAGUAUCUCAAACGAGAUAUAACGCCAACUGUAACAGAACCCACAACAGCUGCGACAACUCCAGAUGUGACCACUGAGAAGAUCCCUGAAUCCAUCCCUGAGAUGCCCAAGCAUGAGCCAGACUCCCUGCCCACUACAUCACCUGAAGAUGUUACUGUAUCACUCACUGCAUUGCCCCAGUCUACUCAGACUGAGGUGCAGGAGGAGAAGCCGGUACGAACUCCUGAGGUUGAGGAAGACACAGAGGACAUUUACGGCGACCCGUACCAUAACAUCUCCAUCUCCACGGUAACAGUCGGCACCAACAUCAGCGACUAUGAGAUCUUUGAGUACGAGGACUUUUGGAACAGUAGUGAUAGCUCGGAGUUGUAUGAGGAGUACGAGGCCUAUGAGGAUCACUACAGCCCGGCGGAGAGAGAGAGAGCGGGGACCUGGGACGGACAGGGAAGACACCGUUUAGAGAAAGGCCAGAAAGGAGAGCCAGCCAUCAUCGAACCGGGCUUUACAAUUGAGGGACCUCUCGGACCACCAGGACCUGCUGGUCUUCCAGGCUUUCCAGGAGUAACAGGCCCCCCAGGACCCCCUGGAGAUCCGGGUGAUGUGGGCCCUGAGGGACGUCCAGGCCUCGCAGGGGUUGAUGGGAUACCAGGUCCCCCAGGGACCAUGCUAAUGUGGCCAUUUCAUUAUUCUGGCGGUUCUCAGAAAGGCCCUGUGUUGUCGGCUCAUGAAGCGCAGGCUCAGGCCAUCCUCCAGCAGACCAGAAUUUCACUAAAGGGACCUUCGGGCCCGUCGGGACUCACGGGCAGAGCAGGACCAGUGGGUCUCCCAGGCCCCAGUGGACUUAAAGGAGACAGUGGGGACACUGGACAUCCGGGGCCACGCGGGUUGCCAGGUCCUCCGGGUCUUAGCGGGAGGCAAGGCAAGCGGGGUCGUCCCGGGACAGAUGGAGGUCGAGGAGCUCCAGGAGAGACAGGAGCGAAGGGUGACAGGGGCUUUGAUGGACUACCAGGGCUUCCAGGGGACAAAGGACACAGAGGGGAUCAAGGAAAGCCAGGCCAGCAUGGUCCACCUGGGGAACCUGGUGAGAAGGGUUCGGAUGGACCUGUAGGACCAAGAGGACAACCAGGUGAACCUGGGCAAAGAGGAUUUGUAGGAUCCAGAGGACCACCUGGACCACCUGGACAGCCUGGCGUCCGUGGUGUGGAUGGGAUUCAAGGCUCUAAAGGCGACCUGGGUCCUUCAGGAGAACCUGGUCCUCCGGGACAGCAGGGGAACCCAGGAGUACAGGGCUUUCCAGGUCCUCAGGGUCCUAUUGGCAUGCCUGGAGAAAAGGGACCUCCAGGGAAGAUGGGAAUGCAGGGGCUCCCUGGGCUUGAUGGUCCUCUAGGUCAUCCGGGCAGAGAGGGACCAGCUGGAGAGAAGGGAACGGCGGGAUUACCAGGAGCACAGGGGCCGAUCGGCUAUCCGGGGCCUCGAGGAGUCAAGGGUGCUGACGGCGUGCGAGGUCUGAAAGGAAGCAAAGGAGAGAAGGGAGAAGAUGGCUUCCCAGGGAGCAAAGGUGACAUGGGAUCUGACGGAGAUCAAGGUGAUACUGGGCCUUCUGGACCCCGUGGCGAGGAUGGACCAGAGGGGUUUAAGGGCCAGAUAGGACCUAUUGGAGAAACUGGACCUCCAGGAAUUGCUGGAGAAAAGGGCAAAUUGGGUGUCCCAGGGUUACCCGGUUAUCCAGGAAGACAAGGCAUUAAGGGAUCUGUCGGCUUUCCAGGAGUGGCGGGUAUGCCAGGAGAGAAGGGGAAGAGGGGAUCUGCAGGUACACCAGGUGCAGCAGGUGAAAGAGGUCCAAAUGGGUCACCCGGAGGCCGAGGGCCACGAGGAGCUACAGGAACACCGGGAGCCAAGGGCUCAUCUGGCCAUGACGGCCCACCAGGUCCCACAGGAGACAAGGGUCCUCAAGGACCACAGGGACAGAAUGGAUAUCCAGGACCUAAGGGACCAAAUGGUCCUCCAGGAAAGGAAGGACUGCCAGGUCAUCCAGGCCAGAGGGGGGAGCCGGGAUUCCAAGGGAAAACAGGACUACCAGGACCUGUCGGAGUGGUCGGACCUCAGGGCAAAACUGGAGAGACUGGACCAACUGGGGACAGAGGUCAUCCUGGGUCACCAGGACCUCCUGGAGAGCAAGGUCUGCCUGGAGCAGCAGGCAAAGAAGGUGCCAAAGGUGAUCGAGGCCCCUUGGGGAUUCCUGGAAAGAGUGGCCCUGCUGGGCGCCGUGGGUUUAGAGGCAGUCGAGGCAUGCCAGGCGCCACGGGUGCUGCUGGUUUGAAAGGUGAAGAAGGACCUCCUGGUGCUGCAGGAGCAAUUGGUGUUACUGGCGAGAGAGGGCCUUCUGGCCCAGCUGGUGGGAUUGGUCUUCCUGGCCGUGCUGGAGGAGUUGGACCUGCUGGACCAAGGAGCGAGAAAGGGGAACCAGGGGAAAAAGGACCUCCAGGUCCUGCUGGACAGGAUGGAGAACAGGGAGCCGUUGGUCUACCAGGACCUGCUGGACCACCUGGUCCACCUGGAGAGGAUGGUGAUAAGGGAGAGAAUGGAGGUCCCGGACAGAAAGGAAGCAAAGGAGACAAAGGAGAACAGGGGCCUCCAGGACCAACAGGAAGUGUAGGGCCUAUUGGAACCCCUGGACCACUGGGUGUGGAUGGGGAGCCAGGGCCCCGGGGCCAACAGGGGAUGUAUGGACAGAAAGGUGAUGAAGGACCUCGAGGACUUGUAGGUGUCACCGGGCCACUAGGCCUGCAGGGAAUGCCUGGACCCCCGGGAGAGAAGGGAGAGAGCGGCCAUGCUGGACCACUGGGUCCUCCAGGACAACACGGUCCCAGAGGUCCUAUAGGAGCCACCGGUGGAGAGGGUGCUCAGGGGAUGCCUGGUGGAAUCGGUCAGCCUGGUUCAGUAGGAGAAAAGGGUGAAGACGGAGAGGCUGGGAAUCCAGGAAAAGCGGGUGAAACGGGCCCUCCUGGUGAGAGAGGAGAUGUGGGUGAGAAAGGGGACAUGGGCCCCCCCGGUGCUGCUGGACCCCCAGGAAUCCGAGGCCCACCAGGAGAGGAUGGACCCAAAGGAAACCCAGGCCCCAUUGGAUUUCCCGGAGACCCAGGACCCCCUGGACAGGCAGGUCCAAAUGGUAUUGAUGGUGGACCAGGAGCUAAGGGAGAUAGCGGAGAGCCUGGGAAAGCUGGACCACCAGGUGCUUCUGGAGAACCAGGACCUCCUGGACCACCAGGAAGGAGGGGUCAUAUAGGUGCUCCAGGGCAGGAAGGAAAACAAGGAAGGAAGGGAGCAAAGGGUUCACCUGGUUCAGAGGGUCCAGCUGGAAAAACAGGGCCUAGAGGCCCCCAGGGACAACCUGGAAGGCCUGGUCCAGAGGGACUUCGUGGGAUCCCAGGCCCUGCAGGGGAACAGGGUUUAAAUGGUCCCCCAGGACAGACUGGACCACCUGGCCCUAUGGGACCUGCCGGACUGCCAGGACUGAAAGGAGAUCCAGGCAACAAGGGAGACAAGGGUCAUGGAGGAUUGAUUGGACUCAUCGGGCCUCCAGGGGACAUGGGGGAGAAGGGUGACCGAGGCUUGCCUGGAAACGAAGGAAUACCUGGUCCUAAAGGAGACGGGGGUGUUGUUGGACCUUCUGGCCCUACUGGUCCUCCUGGACCUCCUGGACUUUUUGGUGCCAUGGGUGAGAAGGGAUCCAAAGGAGAUGAGGGAGCGGUCGGUCCAAGAGGAGAUCCAGGACCUGCAGGCCCACCAGGACCACCUGGUCCUCCAGCCACCAUGUUCGAAUCGGUGCCCAUCAGAGAGGGACGUAAGAGACGUCGGAAGAACUCGGACCGGACCAGAGGACGAGCCCGCACAGAAGAGGAGCAGGAAGCGGAGGUUCAGUUGAACAUGGAUUACUUCUUGCAGGCUGAUACGCCUCUGGAAGAUGCUGAGGGAAUGGAGGAGGUGUUUGCUUCUCUGAACUCCAUGAAGAUGGAGGUGGAGCUGAUGAGGAAGCCGCUGGGAACUUUCGAGAGUCCGGCACGCACCUGCAAAGAGCUGAUGAUAUCCCACCCGCAUUAUAGAGAUGGUGAAUAUUGGAUCGACCCAAAUCAGGGCUGCAAUAAAGAUUCCAUCAAGGUGUUCUGCAACUUUACAGCUGAUGGAGAAACCUGCCUGCACCCGGAUAAACGAUUCGAAACGGUAAAACUCGCAGCCUGGAGCAAAGAGAAGCCGGGCAGCUGGUACAGCCAGUACAGGAGGGGCAAACGGUUCUCCUAUAUAGACACUGAUGGUAUCACGGUUCCUGUGGUCCAGCUGACCUUCCUGAAGCUUCUGAGUGCCACAGCCAGACAGAACUUCACCUGCAUGUGCCAGAACUCAGUCAGCUGGUACGACGCCACCACCCACGGACACCAGCAUGCCGUGCGCUUCCUUGCCAGCAAUGAUGAGGAGAUGACACAUGACAAGACGCCCUUCAUAACGCCUCUGUACGAUGGCUGCCAGACACGCAAAGGCCAGGACAGGACGGUGCUGGAGAUUAACUCUCCGAGAUCGGAGCUGCUCCCCAUCAUGGACGUUUCUGCGUCAGACUUUGGGAAUAACAACCAGAAGUUCGGCUUCCAGGUCGGACCUGUAUGUUUUAACGGUUAACUAAUCGAGACACGGGACUCAGGACUUCAUCUGUACCAUGGGCAAUAUUUAUUUUUUUUAUGUAGAGGGCAUGCGGCGGUACUGUGGCAUGCAUUUUUUUUUCUUUUCUUUUUUCCUGAACUUUUGAACAAACCUGUAAAGGUACCAAGAUCAACUCUUGAAGAACCAAACAAAGCAGAAGUUUCCAUGUGUGUGAAUUUUUUUUUUCCAAAAUUCCAUGUUCAUUCUUGUCUCUGCUCACCUGCGGUGUGUGAACGAGUUAAUAAUGAUCCCCCUCCGCUUAAACCCAACACUGAGAUGCAGACCCCCCGUCCCCCCACAUAGUCUGCAUUACAGGCCACUAAGUCCAUGUUGUCGCAGCAGACACUUUAUUGUCAGUGGCAUGGAUGGAUGGAUGGAUGGAUGGAUGGAUGGCUUGUUUGUUUUUAUGUGUAAUGUCAUUUGAAACUAAUUUGCCACAUGAGGGACUGGAUACAACUUUGAGGAUUACAAAUUUCACCAUAUUCUUUUCCCCGCGCCUCAACUGCAGCAUCGCGCCGACAGAAGCAGUGAUACCUCAGAACAGUUUUGACAAGGAAGUGCCUGUUUCUAGUUAAUAGAUGCUUUUUGUCACCCAUCAGAUUCGCAGCGUUGCUCAUCUUUAAUCAGUGUGUCAUUAUAAAUAAAUAGCGUUGUACGCCACUCAUGCUUCGAGCAGGGUGGGUUAUAUGAUGAACAGUAGCACCUUAAAAGUAGUACGUAGGUCGCCCGUGGUGUUUUAUCAGGUCAGGUCACAUGGUUGAUAUUUUAUUCGUCUGCAUUUCUACACGGUAACAUGAUCUGCAUGGGUUCUGUUUUACUCCUGGGGUUGUGGUACAAAAAUAUUCGACUUAAGACCUGGAUGAUAUUUUUCUUCAAGUGACACAGGUCGAUGCAUUAAAAAGAUGAAUAGUACCUUGCGGAGCUCGAAGCCAAGCCAAGCCAGGAAGCCUUUAUUUGUCACACAUACACUCAAGCACAGACUUAAGCACAGAGUGAAAUUCCUCCUCUGCAUUUCACCCAUCUGAAGCAGUGAACACACACAAGUAAGCAAUGAGCACACACACAUACCCACAGCAGUGCGCCUGGGGAGCAGUUGGGGAUUAGAUGCCCUUACUCAAGGGCACUUCAGCCCAACCUCAGGCCAUCGCUGCCCAUGUUAACCUAAAUGCAUGCACUCUAAAAAAUGACACCA